AUGGGCAGCAUCAGCCUCGCCACCACAACCACGGACACGAUGUCUCAACCACAAGACCAACCCACCUACAAGACACCAUGGAUUGAAACCCCCCUAGUCGAAUCAUCCACCCUAUCAGCCCUAGCUGGCUGCCGAAUCUUCCUCAAGCUUGAAAACACCCAACCAAGCGGCUCCUUCAAGUCCCGUGCCAUGGGCGCCCAGAUCCUCUCACACCUGAACAACCCGGCCAACGCGGGGAAAUCAAUCCACUUCUUCGCUUCCUCUGGAGGUAACGCGGGGCUCGCUGCUGUCUGUGCUGCGAAGACCCUAGGGUUCCCCUGCACGGUCGUUGUUCCACUGGCAACCAAGACCCUUAUGGUUGAUAAGCUGAGAAAGGCCGGGGCUCAUGAUGUUAUCAAGCAUGGGGAGACGUUCUCCGAGGCAGGAGAGUAUAUGAAGGAAGUUAUCAUGAAGCAAGGCGAUGACAAGGAAGAGGGGGAAACUGUGAAGGUUGCUCUACACCCCUUUGACAACCCGGCCAUCUGGGACGGGAACAGCACGCUUCUUGACGAGUUGGUUGAGCAAGUCCCCGUUGUUGCCGGGGAAGAUACCACAGGAGACCACGAUGACAUGAUCCUCCCGGUUGACGCCAUUAUCUGCAGUGUUGGCGGUGGAGGGUUACUGAAUGGCCUCGUUAUGGGGAUUGAGCGUCGCCGAGAACAACUCGCCAAGACGAAGAAGGCUUCCACGCAGCGAGAGUAUUCCAAGCCCACACACUUUGUUGCUGUUGAGACCCGCGGGACGGAUUCCCUUGCUGCUGCUGUGGCACAGGGGUCGCUUGUCAGUUUGCCCAAGAUCACGUCGCAGGCGACGUCACUAGGUGCGAUCCGGGUGUCGGAGAGGACGCUGGAGUAUGCGUUGCAUCCCCCGCAGGGAGUAAAGGUGCACAGCACGGUGUUGUCCGAUGCGGAUGCAGCACGAGGUGUGCUCCGCCUUGUUGAUGAUGAGCGUGUGCUUGUGGAGCUGGCUUGCGGAGUGUGUAUUGAGGCUGCGGUUGGUGAUGCGAGCCGAGUGGAUUCCAAGGCGACGAAGAAGCGGAAGAGAAACCUUGAUGAGGGAUAUGGAGAUGAUCGGUUGUCGUCUGGGGAGAACUCGGAGGAAGAGGUGUCGCGUGAGAAAGCGGCCUCGACCCCGUUACAGUCGAAGCUGAAGGAGUUGGUGCCGGAUAUUGGACCAGAGAGUCGAGUGGUGAUUGUGGUCUGCGGUGGCAGCAACGUCACCAUUGAUGGCGCGGUGGAAUGGAGAUCAAUGCUGCAGGAAGGCUGGGGGAGUGAAAACUAG